AUGGCUUUCUACAACAUCAACCUCGUCGUGGCCAGCGAGCCGCCCAGCUCUCGCUCCCGCACGCACACCGUCGCCCCCGCGACGCCCAUUGUCGGCGGCCGCAAAGACGACAAGUUCCGCUUCACCGUCCUGCGCGACGGCCUCGUGCGCUACGAAUAUGCCCCGGACGGGCACUUUGAGGACCGGCCCUCCGCCUUCGCCGCCCUCCGCGACGAGGCCCUGCAGUCGGCCUCGGUGCCCGACUUCACCGUCCGUGAGACGGAUGCCAGGGUGGAGAUUGUCACCGAGCGGUUCCACCUCACUUACAGCAAGGUCGCGGACCGCUUCUCGCCGGGGAGCCUCUUCGCCCGCGUCUUCGGGCACACGAGCGACGUGUGGCGCUUCGGCGAGGAGCAGCAGACUCUCGGCGGGACGUAUCGCACGCUCGACCACGUCGAUGGACGCGUGGACAUGGGUCACGGCGUGGCUUCGCGAAAGGGCUUCGCGAGCGUCGACGACUCGCGCACGAUGCUCUUCACGCCAGACGGCAGCUUCAUUGCCCCGCGCCGGGAGCCCGUGGAGGGCCGCAUCGACGGCUAUCUCUUCUGCUACGGACACGACUAUCGCGCCGCCGUGCAGGCCUUUUACGCAAUCUCGGGCCCGCAGCCGCUUCUCCCUCGCUGGGCCCUGGGAAACUGGUGGUCACGGUACAAGGAGUACACGACCGAGUCGUAUCUGGAGCUCGUCCGCACCUUUCGUCGACACCGGCUGCCACUGUCGUGUGCCGUGGUCGACAUGGACUGGCAUCUUGUGAGCGACGACGUCGUCAAGGAGGCGGGCCAGUCCGGCUGGACGGGGUACACCUGGAACAAGGCAUUCUUCCCAGACCCAAAGGCCUUCAUCAAGGAGCUCCAUAACCAGGGACUCAAGGUGACGUUGAAUGAUCACCCGGCCGAGGGCGUGGCCAGCUACGAAGACAUGUAUGAGGCAGUUGCCCGCAAGCUGAACCUGGACCCGUCCACAAAGGAGACGAUCCCGUUUGACAUUACCGACAAGAACUUCUUGGCGGCGUAUUUCGACCCGCUGCUCAAGCACAUCGAGGACGACGGCGUCGACUUCUGGUGGAUCGACUGGCAGCAGGGACGAUACACGGACAUGAAGGACGUCGACCCGCUUUGGGUGCUCAAUCACUUUCACUACCAGCGCAACGCAGAGCGUCUCGCUCAGCGAAAGCGCGAUGACAGCGCCGAGCACCCGCUCAUCUUCUCCAGGUACGCGGGCCCGGGCAGCCACCGCUACCCCGUUGGCUUCUCGGGCGAUACGACCGUGUCUUGGGCUUCACUGGAAUUCCAGCCCGAGUUCACUGCGACGGCGAGCAAUGUCGGCUAUGGUUGGUGGAGCCACGACAUUGGCGGCCACAUGCUAGGCGAGCGUGACGACGAGCUGACUGCGCGAUGGGUGCAGUUUGGAGUCUUCUCGCCCAUCAUGCGCCUGCACUCGACCAAGAAUGAGUGGAUGUGCAAGGAGCCGUGGAAGCUGCCGGCGGGCUCAGGUCAAGGACCCCAGGAUACCGUGUUCAACUUCCUGCGCCUGCGACAUCGCCUCAUACCGUAUAUCCACACGAUGAAUGCGCGCGCCGCGGACAAGGACCACGGAGAGCCGCUGGUGCAGCCCAUGUACUGGGAGCAUCCCGAGCGCGACGAGGCAUACAGUGUUCCGAACCAGUACUACUUUGGUACGGAGAUGAUUGUGGCGCCGAUUACUUCGCCGCUGAACCGGGCCACCAAGACGGGCAAGGUGCGUGCGUGGCUGCCGCCGGGCAAAUACGUCGACUACUUCACGGGCGUGGUCUACGACGGCGACCGACAUCUGUGGUUCAACAGAACGCUAGACAAGUGCCCCGUUCUGUUGAAGCAGGGCGCCAUCGUGCCUCUCGACAGGGCCGAGGUUCCGGAGAAUGGCGGCAAGAACCCAGACCGGUUCGAGAUUGUCGUUGUGGUCGGGGCAGAUGGCCGGUUCGAGCUGCUGGAGGAGGACGAGGACGGCAUCACGAUCCCGCGAGAGGCGACCGAGUGGCCCGACUGGAUCCGGACACCCAUCGUCUUCAACCAGGCCGAAGGCACCAUCACCAUCGGCCCAACCACGGGCGGCCACCCGAGCCUUCGCCGCAACUGGUCUGUCCGCGUGCCCAGCGCCAAGGUGGCCUGGCCAGUCAAGGCUUCCUACACAGGCGAAGGGCCCGAGCCGGGCGUGUCCGUGGUCGACGACGUGGUGCAUGUCGACCUGCGCGACGUGCCACCGCGCUCGCCGGCGGUGAUCCAUCUAGGUGCCAACCCGCAGCUCGCCGUCAACAAGCCCAUGGAGCUCCUGUUUCCCAUUUUGUACAAGGCGCAGGUCGGGUACGAGCUCAAGGAGAAGAUUGAGGCCAUCGUCUCGAGGGACGACGUGCCGGCGUCGGCGCGCGCGAGCCAGCUGGACACGCUGGACAUGGACCCGGAUCUGAGGCUGUUGAUUAAUGAGUUUCUGUUUGCACAGUCGAGCGCCUAG